AUGUCUAAGGAAUACGACCACCUCUUUAAAUUGCUAAUCAUCGGGGACAGCGGUGUUGGCAAGAGCAGUCUACUCUUACGCUUUGCUGAUAACACGUUCUCCGGAAACUAUAUAUCUACCAUUGGCGUCGACUUCAAAAUACGAACAAUUAUUAUUGACAAUGAAAAAGUUAAGUUGCAAAUUUGGGACACUGCCGGUCAGGAACGAUUUCGCACAAUAACCUCAACAUACUACAGAGGCGCUCACGGCGUUAUUGUUGUAUACGACGUAACCAAUGGUGAUAGCUUUCACAAUAUUAGUAGGUGGUUAAGUGAAAUAGAGAACAACUGCGAAGUUGAAAAUAGGAUCUUAGUUGGCAACAAAAACGACGAUCCCAGCUCCAAAGUGGUGCUCACCAAAGAUGCUCAAGGCGUAGCUCAGCUGAUGAAUAUGCCAUUGUUCGAAACCAGCGCCAAGGAGAACAUCAACGUCGAGGAGAUGUUCAACGCUAUCACGCGAAUGGUUCUCAAAUCAAAGAAAGAUCAGUUAAGUAAACAGAGUAACGACAAUGCCAUCAAAGUGACAAAAUCUAGCGGUCACAAGAGCCGCAAGAAAUGUUGUUAA